AUGCAGUUACCAGCUGAGGAAAGCCACCAGAAAACAAGAGAGGCAAACAGCGGCUCCGGAUCAGAGCCCCAGACAUGCCGCUUCUAUGAUGAGCUGCAUGCCAUUUUAGGGGGUUCAACCACCACUACCCCAGCCGUGUUGAUUGACUCCUUCAAUGGAGAUGGAGGCAACACGGAAUCAGGUUUUGGGGACGAGGAAGAUGAUGAUGAUGAUGAUGAGGUUGUAGAUAGCUCACAGCAAGCAAGUGGAGAAACCGGUUUUCGCGACAGCCAGGAACUGUUUCUCACCCUGGACCUGGAGCCAGUACCCCCCAAACCCACCCAAGGAUGCCUCCCGUACCUGCCAGGCAGAGAAGGGACCUCCGCUGCAUGUGUUUCAAGGAUCACAGGAUCUUCUCCUUCCCAGAGACUAGUGAAGAUUAGAAGGCGAAAAAAACGCACUUGUGAUGAAAUGUUCUCUGAGCUCCUGCUGUCCUCCCACACUGACAAAGCACAGACGAAUGCGUGGAGGCAGACAAUGUCAGAGUGCAGAAAAGCACAAAAUGACCGGGAGGAGAGGUGGCGGGCUGAGGAGAGGGCUGAAGCUGAAAGGUGGUGGCAGCGUGAUGAGAGGAGGCAGGAUUCAGUGCUGAGGCUGCUGAGGAUCAAACCAAUAUGCUCCAGCGUAUGGUUGAGCUGCAGGAAAGGCAGCAGGAGCACAGACCGCUGCUACAGCCCUUGUGUAACCAACCGCCCUCCUCCCCAAGUUCCAUAGCCUCCUCACCCAGACGCCCAAGAACGCAGUGGGGGGGGCUUCCGGCCACCCAGCCACUCCACACCAGAGGAUUGCCCAAGCAACAGAAGGCUGGCAUUCAAUAAGUUUUAAAGUUUUAAACUUUUAAAGUGCUGUGUGGCCUUGUCCUUCCCUCCUCCACCACCCCUCCCAGUGCUUCUCUCCUCCACCACCCCUCCCGGGCUAC